CGUAGCGGACCGGACCUGAUCCAGUGUGAACGAGCCGACACUUCCCAUUACACUACCUCAGACACCGGGACGGCGAUUUUGCACAACUUUAAAACGCUGACUCUAACUUAACUUUUUAUUUUUGUUUUUGUUUGUUUUAUUUUAUUGGACAGAAGCGAGACCGGGAAUGGGAGUGUCGCGGAUUUAACAGAGGAGCAGUGGUUUGAUUAGAUUUCUUUCCAGGUUUAGAUCAGUGUUUUGUAGAUUUUGACCGCCCCGUGGAAAUAAAAUGGACGGAUUGGACUCUGGACAGAAAUUUAGUCCGAAAGAGGGUCCGGAGUGGGACACAUUCCUCCCAGUAGCAGAUAGCACUGAAGUGGAGAAGCGCUCUGGUCGAAAGAGACUUUGGAUCGGUCUGGGACUCACCGCUGGAGCCGUUUUUAUAGCUGUGCUCACCACCGUCCUGGUGCUGAAACAUCACCAUGAGGGUGAGUCGAAGAGCUCACCCAGAGUCUACAUUGGGUCAAUGGAGAUCCGAAACCGGCCCUUCUAUCAGGAAUAUGAAGAUUCAAACAGCCAGCGCUUCAUAGAGCUGUCGUCCCUGGUCAAAAAGCAGCUCAGAAUCAUCUACAACAAGAACUCAAUCCUGGCAGGGCACUUCACAGGAUCCACUGUCCAGGCUUUCAGUGAAUCCAGCGACAACAGCAUCGUGGCCUAUUACCAGUCUGAGUUCUCUGCCCCGGACUCCCAGAAGGCUUUGUUAGAUGAAGCCAUGAACUCUCUGGAUACGAGUCAAACCCAGAGCAUGACCGCGGGCAAAGGACGACUGCUUAUACCCCCUAAAGAUGCGCUACAGGUUAACCAGGUCAUAUCUGGAGCUAUUGAUCCUCGUAUGAACAGGAAGUCUUUAUUUGUAAAGAAGUCCUUUACGUUGCGAGUAAAAGAUGGAGGAGUGGUGGAGUCUCCUGGUUUUCCAGAUAAUCCGUACCCCCCGAAUGUGUUUGUGCAGUGGAGACUCAAGGCAGAACCAGGAUACAGGGUCCAUCUGGACUUCCACAUGCUCAUCCUGGAGGACAACUGUGAGCAAGACUUUAUCAAACUCUACGACUCGCUGGCCCCCAUCGAAAACCGACUAAUCACAGAGCAGUGUGGAUAUCCUCACCAGUCCCUCUCUUACUUCUCGUCUGGAAACGUGAUGCUGCUGACGCUCGUCACAAACGAUGAGAAACAUUUCCCUGGAUUCAGAGCAAAUUACUCCCAGAUUAAGAUCAACAAUGAAUGCGAUGGGUUGCUGACCACAGGGAAAGGCGUGUUCUCCUCUCCCUUCUACCCCUCCAACUACCCCCCUCAGAUCAGCUGCUCCUGGGAUAUACGGACGUCAGUGGAUAAGUUCAUCAAAAUCCAGUUCAGGAAGUUCAUGGUGGGUCAUGAUCAGGACAAGGACUGUUCCAAGGACUAUGUGCAGGUCAACGACAAAAAAUUAUGUGGCAGCAAUCUGAAGACAUCGGUGCUAACGUUUCGCAGCUCUCAGGUCUCUGUCAAGUUUCACUCAGAUUCUUCCAACGUGAACCAGGGUUUUACUGCAGAGUACGAGGCCUAUAUCCCCACAGACCCGUGUCCCGGAAGGUUCCAGUGCGCCAAUAACCUCUGCGUGAAAUCUAGCUUGAAAUGCGACGGAUUUGACGAUUGUGGAGACGCCAGCGAUGAACAAAACUGCGUUUGCACUGAGAACCAAUUGAGGUGCAGGAACUCUGGACUCUGUAAGCCCAAGUUCUGGGAAUGUGAUGGCUCCGAUGACUGCGGCGACAACACAGACGAGGAAAACUGUGAGAAGUGUAAAGCCGGAGAGUUUGUGUGCUUCAAUGGACACUGUGUCUCUGAGAAGCUGAAGUGUAACGGUGUGGACGAGUGUGGAGACGGAUCUGAUGAGGCCGACUGUGAGAAAUCUCUGGACCUGGAGACGUGCUCAGAGUUCUCGUUCCGUUGUUCUGACGGACACUGUGUGAGUCGCUCAAACCCCGAAUGUGACGGACACAGAGACUGCACUGACGGGUCGGACGAGGAGAACUGUGAGUGUGGGGCUCGUCCGUACCGCUCCUCUAGAAUUGUGGGCGGAGUUGAGUCCCGUAUGGGGGAGUGGCCAUGGCAGGUGAGUCUGCACCUGAACAAAGUUCAUGUUUGUGGAGCCUCAGUCCUGAACAAGAGAUGGAUCCUGACAGCAGCUCACUGUGUGUACCAAAGUUCCACCAACAGGUUCACUUCAGCAGACAAGUUUGACGUGCUGCUGGGGCUCCAUGCUCAGGGCAGUGCCAAUGAAUGGACAGUGAGGCGCAAAGUUCAGAGGAUCAUAGCCCAUCCCGAGUACAACUAUAUGACCUAUAAUAAUGAUGUGGCUCUGAUGGAGCUGGACAAAGACGUAGUCCUCAACCAGUACGUGUGGCCCAUCUGUCUCCCCGCAAAGACACACCGCUUCAGCCCAGGGACCGAGGCUUGGAUCACAGGCUGGGGCGCCACCAGGGAGGGAGGUACCGUAGCUCAGAUCCUGCAGAAGGCCUCGGUUCGUGUGGUGAACUCCACUGUGUGCAAGUCUCUGAUGGGGGACGAUGUGACGGACACUAUGAUGUGUGCAGGAGUCCUUCAGGGGGGAAUCGAUGCUUGUCAGGGAGACUCCGGGGGCCCUCUCUCGGUGCAGGAGCCUAGCGGGAGAGCCUUCCUCGCGGGGGUGGUGAGCUGGGGAGAUGGAUGCGCUCAUAGGAACAAACCUGGAGUCUACGCCAAAGUCACAAAGUUUAGAGACUGGAUCAGGACUAACACUGGGAUCUGAACUUAAACCAGGACUAAACCUUCCCUGACCAGCCGUUUUUUUUUCUACUUUCUCUCCAAAUCCAUAAGGAACUAGAACUGGACCAUAGAGUGUGAAAAAACUCUGAGACAAUCCAACCACAGCUGCUCAUUUGUAUCAUGUGUCUUUCAAAUGCAGAAGACUUUUCUCCUCUCCAAAAUUCCCGUAACGUUCAGAACAAAAUAUACUGUAUAACUUCUUUGACCAGAAAUAAGUAAUAGUUUGGUGCUUUGAUUGCUGAUUCUGUAAAAUUCUGCAUAGUUUUUCAGUCCUUUAUGUGGCUUUUUCUUUUUUUUUCUUUUUCUUUUUUAUUGUAAACCCCCAUGUUUCUUUUGCCUCUCUCUGAUUGGUUAAUCCACCUGUCAAUCAAGCCCUCUGAAAUCAUGGAGACAGAAUCCAGUCGGCUCCAGAUCCACUCACCUUUGUAAAGUUUUAUCAAAGCGUGUGCUUCUCAGGUCAGGUAAGACUAAACCAGAUCUGAUGUGGUGCAAGAUCAAUGCUGGACCAAACCCAAAGGUCUGAAUCAGGACCAAUCUAUAACUAAACCAGGGUUAAACAUGGACUAAUAUGCACUGUUUGAAAAGAAAAGAAUGAAAAUGCCACAGGGUUUUUAUGUGAAUUUAUAUUUGAAUCCAGGAAUUACUGUUUUAUCUCAGGUUUAAUCUGGUUUAUCCCAGGAAAAAAAAAUGUUUUAGAGCUCAUUUUUCAAUCAAACCUGUUGUAAUUAUUGUGUUUGCUGCACUGUGUAAUUCUUCUGUGAUAUUACUGUUAUGAAACUAUCAGAUCUUUUUUAUAAGAUUUUACGUCUUGUUGCACUGCAGAGGUCUGUUUUUCCCCCAUCCAUCAUAACAAGACAAUAUACAAUAUAUUUAUAUUUUUUUUAUUCAGGAGCUCCAGAAACAGUGUAUACUCUUGGACAUUUUUAAAGGUCCUAUAUUACGCAGAAUUGACUCUUGUGAGCUUUUAGUCAUGUUAGAAUAUUGUUACCUCAUCAAAAACACAUCUGGAGGUACGUUUUGUUUUCAUUCACACAUCCUUUAUUAUGUUACCUUUAGUCUGUUUAUGUCUCACAGCUCAAAAUGCUCUGUUCUUCCUUGUGAUGUCAUGAAGCUGUAGUUUUCAACUAAACAGUAACAUUUUACCUUUAGGCUAUGUUUAUAUAAUGAUGGUCUGAACAGAAGACACAAAAAUGGCUUUGUGUUUUCACUUUUUAUUCCGCGUUUAGUCGAGCGUUUUCUGGAGGAAAUCUACGUGCAUAUGGUGACGCAAAAGUGUGUGGAAUUAGAUCAGGUAUGCAUGCCAGGUUUCUGUGUACUCUAUGUAUGUGACGGAAAUCUGACCAGAGUUUUGCGUCUUGGGCAGUGUAGACGGAAACGCUACAAAUUCAACUUUUCCACUCUGGAGGGUGGUUUCAGAUUUUUCGCGUUUUUUAGCCCCAAAAACGCCAUCACAGUCUAAACGAAAGGCACUUCCAAUAAAAUAUUUUGUUGUUUUUACCUGCAAGCGUUCUCAUGUAAACAGACCCUUAGUUCAAUAAAGACUGCCAAUUCCAGGCUGAAAUGAUCCAAAUGAUUCUAGUGAAGGUGUGUGGAGUUCAAAACACAGUGGAGCACUUCCUAUAUUACAUGACAUCACAAAGUGGAACAGUGUUUUCUGUUUCAGAGAAGAACUCAGCCUAAAUAUGCAGGAUUUGUGUGUUAAAAAUGAGUGAAUAAAACAAAACACAACUCCAGGUGUGUUUUUGAUGAGGAAACAAUAUUAUGACAGAGCAGAAAAUCAUGUAAUAUUGCCCUUUAAAGCUUUGCAAGUACAAUAUUACAUGAUUUUUAGUGUGAAUACAACAUUGCUUUAAAGAAACGCCUUGGGAACAAAAUAUUAUCGUCUUAAUUUCGCUGGGUAUUGCAGGCACAGUCGUCGCUUCUCUUUGCUGUUUCUUAUUUAUUUGUACAUAUUUUUUUUCCUUUUUGUUGCCGCACAUGUCUCUUUAUGUCAACAUUAAAACUGUAAUACGUUUGUAAUAUAAUUGUGUUUCUGCAGUCACUUUGUGUGUUUAAUUUCCCACAUGGUCCAUUAGCUGCAAACUGAUAGGACUCAUUACAUUCUUAUUAAAAAGCCUGUGAACAUUUAGACA